AGCGCUGGGGUAACUGAACGGUGCGGACGAGCGAAGAUUUCUUGAGGGUCUGAGUGGGGCGGCAGCGAUGCUCACGCCGGCGUUCGACCUCAGCCAGGACCCCGACUUCCUGACCGUCGCCAUCCGCGUGCCCCACGCUCGGGUCUCCGAGUUCGACGUCUACUUCCAGGGCGUCGACUUCAAGUUCUACGCCAAGCCGUACUUCCUCAGAUUAACUCUUCCUGGGAGAAUUGUAGAAAAUGGAAGUGAAAAAGGGUCCUAUGAUGCAGAUAAAGGAAUUUUUACCAUUCAGUUGCCCAAAGAAACUCCUGGUCAGCAUUUUGAGGGGCUGAACAUGUUAACUACGCUUCUGGCACCAAGAAAAUCUAGGACUGCAAAACCACUUGUGGAGGAAAUAGGUGCUUCUGAGGUUUCUGAGGAGGGAGUAGAAGAUGAUGAUGAUGAAGACUUUGAUUGGGAAAUUGAACAGUCCCCCUAUGAAGAGGUGUCAGAAGGUGCUCUGCACCCGCAGAGCCACUAUGGAUUUGGAGGCCUGCGAUCAGGAGUAUUUCAGCGGUUACAGGAUGAAUUCAGUGACGUCAUUGAUAUUAAGGAUCCCGAUUUUACUCCUGCAGCUGAACGCAGGCAGAAACGCCUGGCUGUUGAGCUGGCCAAAUUUGAUCCUGAUCAUUAUCUAGCCGACUUUUUUGAAGAUGAGGCAGUUGAACAGGUUUUACAGUAUAAUCCUUGGUGGACUGAUACGUAUUCAAAGAUGAUGGCCUUUAUGGGAAAGAGUCAGGAGAAAGAAAAUCACGCUGCUUUAGUAUCUUUCUCUGAAGAAGAGAAGUGUCAGCUGCGAAAAUUUGUCCAUAAGUCUUACCUGCUGGACAAAAGAGCCCAACGUCAAGUGUACUAUAGUCUGAUUGAUAUCCUUCUGGCCUAUUGCUAUGAGACUCGUGUCAAUGAAGGAGAGAAGAACGUUGAAUCUGCGUGGAAUAUCAGAAAACUGAGUCCAACACUGUGCUGGUUUGAGACUUGGACUAAUGUUCAUGAAGUCCUGGUGUCUUUUGGAAGAAGAGUUUUGUGCUACCCACUUUACCGCCAUUUCAAGCUGGUGACGAAAGCCUGCAGAGACACUAUAAAGAUAUUGCAACUAGGUAAAAGUGCAGUUUUAAAGUGUCUCCUGGAUAUUCACAAAAUUUUUCAGGAAAGUGACCAAGCUUACAUUCUGAACGAUCUCUAUAUCUCGGACUACUGUGUGUGGAUUCAGAAAGCCAAGUCCACAAGGUUGGCAGCUCUUGCAGAAGCCUUGAAGGAAGCCCCCCUGACAAAGGCCCAGCUGGGGUUGGAAGUGAAUGAACUGGAGGCAGCUGCACUGCUCGUCUGUGAGGAAGAAGCAGCCCGCCCCGCCUCCAGGCCAACACCACCCUCCAGUUCUGAGGCCAGUGGCUCCGAGGACUCUGACAGCAGCACCUCCUCAGCCGGGACCGCAGACCCAGACUCAGAGCCAGAGGGGCUCGCAGGCAGGGGAGCCAGGAGAGGACGGUCCUUGCAAGGCCCCGUUCUUGACGAAAGCCGCGCCCUGCUUGUUGAUGGCCAUGGGCUGUGCGGACGCUUGGCUGUCCCAAGGGCUGAUGCCUGUCGGGGAGAGCUACUGGCCUCAGCGCGGGCCUCUGGGGGAGCCAGGCCUCUGAUAGAGGAGCUUGGAGAGCAACUGGAGACGGCGGUGCAGCUCUCAGCGCCCGAGGGUCCCGCUCCGGGGCCCCGCAGGGCACAAGCAGACGGCGCCCUCCCAGGGACGGGCGGUGAGGGUUCCAUUUGUGGGUGAGAAUGUCAGGUGUGGUUUUAGUUACUGACUGAGAAUUCUUCACUUUUACUUGUACUUUUUCUUAAAGUAUACAACAUAGUUUUUUAAUGAGCAAUGUUGGUAACUUUUAGUUUCCUUCCUGCUGCUUUAAAAAUAAAGUUCUGAAGUACUUAUACCAAAGUAUAAUUAGUAUCUGAAGAUGGAAAACAAUAGUUUUGCCAGAAUCCCUUGAAUGUGGAGCCAUUAAUAUCUUCAAAAGCUUUACCAAGAUAUAUUUGACAUGCAAUAAGCUGCACACACUUCAAGAGUACGAUGCAAUCGGCAUUGACACAUGCACCAAAUCAGUCAUCUUUGCGAUUAAGAGACUGUACUUACCUCAGCUCCAAGUGUACUCAUGGUGCCCUGGCGCCCACCCCACCGCUCUCCCAAUAAAGUUGUUAUGAAUAUUUCUGUGCAA